AUGGCCGCUCUACGUAUUCUCGCAUUUGAUCGGCCGCCUAGUCAGAUUCGAAACCUGGCUCCAGGACCUGCAGCUUGUCUGACCCGUGAUGCUGCUGCUCGCCUAGCCAUUCGCAACCACCUGCAAGUAGCCGAAUGCGAGCAUUUGGACCAGGCAAAGACUGCUAAGGCCCUCUACAACGCUGUUGUUGCACGUUACUCUUCCCCUGCCAUUGCAGCGCUUAGUCGCCUCUUCCUUCCCUACUUUUUCCCCGACCUGUCGUCCUCCGCCACUGUAGACGCCCUCCUCUCCCACCUUCGCGCUAUGGACACUCGUUACCGUGCUGCCCUCCCUGCCGAGUUUCUCCCCAAGAACGAGCCCCCGAUCUACAUCACUCUCCACUUUAUAGUGACCCGCCUCCCUGACUCUCUUAGUGCAGUCCGGGACACCCUUCUCGCUCUCCCCCCCACAGACCUCACUAUCAACCUGCUAGGGAAGCACCUUCUUGCAGCUGAGGCUAACACAGUCGCUGUAGGUGCUACCCGUGGCACCCCUCGCACGCCCUUCUUUGAGGGGUGCUCCCCCUCCCCCCUUGCCCCCUCUGUUGCCUCUGCCGCUGCUGUCGACUUCCUUGGUGCUGAGGAGGUCGGCGCUGCUUCUGCUCCUAGUGGGAAGCGCCGCAGCGGCAAGGGCAAGGGAGGCAAGGGUGGUGGGGGUGGCGGCGGGGGGGGUGGUGGUGGAGGUGGUGGAGGUGGCGGUGGGAGUUGUGGAGCGAGUGGGGGCGUCGGCGGCGGAGGUGGCGGCGGCGGCGGAGGUGGUGGUGGCAGUGGUCGUGGUGGCAGUGGGAGCAGUGGUGGCGGGAGUGGCAGCGGCGGGAGUGGUGGCAGCGGCGGCUGUGGUGAUCGCUCUGGCGCAGUUCAGCGGCAGCAGCAGCAGCGUCCGCGUGAGACCCUCUCGCCCCAGCAGCUUCGUGAGUGGCUUGCUCAGCAUGCGGCGUCUAGGGGUAGUGGUAGUGGUCGCUGCUCGUACGUUAUUCGCACAGAGCUGCUUAAGUCUGGUGUUGAUAUCUUUGCUCUUGACUUUGAUGCUAUCAUUGCUGGAAUGUAUGCUCUGUCUACUAGUGUUGAGGGUGACUGUUACUUGUGUGCGCCGUAUGACCCUGGUAUAGAGGCUGCUGCUCUAGGUGCUAGUGAGUCUGCUCUCUCUGGUACUGCACCUGCUGAGACCUCACACACCUUCACGCUUGACUCAGUUCUUGCACGCUCCUCUACUGUGCUCCCGUGCCCGGCCGUUCCGUCCGGUUCCCUGUCUGGUCUCCACCUCCCCUCGUUCUCGACAAACUUGCCCCCUGUGAGUGUCGCCGCCUGUCGCACCAGACUCUCCUUUGGCACCACCACCUUGGUCACCCCUCCCUGCCACUCGCGCCUUCUGGUCUCUGGUCUUCCCAGGGUUCUGCCUUCCCUCCCACCCUCGCCUGCCCCGCCCUGCAUUCCUUGCAUCGAGGGGCGGCAGCGCGCCGCUCCUCACUCCUCCUCGUUUCCCCCGACGACAGCUCCUCUCCACACUCUCCACAUGGACGUGUGGGGCCUAGCCCGCGUCCGUGGACAGGGCCGCGAGCGAUACUUUCUGCUGGUUGUCGACGACUACUCGCGUUACACCACGGUCUUCCCCUUGCGCAGCAAGGGUGAGGUCCCUGCUGUUUUGAUCCCUUGGAUCCGAGCUGUCCGUCUCCAGCUGCGCGAGCGGUUCCUCGCGGACCUUCCUGUCCUGCGUCUGCACUCGAACAGGGGUGUCAUGGAGGUCGCUCGUACCUCCAUGAUCCAUGCGGCUGCUCCCCAUUUUCUGUGGCCGUUUGCGGUCCGGUACGCGGCGCAUCAGCUCAACCUCUGGCCCCAUGUCUCCUUGCCGGAGACCUCGCCCACACUGCGUUGGACGGGGAAGGUUGGCGAUGCGUCCGCGUUCAAGGUCUGGGGUUCCUGUUCCUUUGUCUGCGAUUCCACCGCGGGCAAGCUCUCCUCUCGCGCCAUUCCCUGCGUCUUCCUUGGCUUUCCCACUGACGCGCCUGGCUGGCAGUUUUACCACCCCACCUCGCGCCGGGUUUUCACCUCUCAGGACAUCACGUUUGACGAGUCGGUUCCCUUUUACCGACUCUUCCCCUACCGCACUGCCCCUCUCCCCCCCCCGCCGCUCUUCCUCGCUCCAGGUCCUCCUCCGGUAGACUCCCUCCCCCCUCAGGGUCCUGCUCCUUCAGGUGUCUCUCAGGUAGACCCACUUCCCUUCGCCGAGCCUGUCAAGGUCACUGGUGACUCAGGUGCUGCUGGGGGUGGUGCUGCUCGGUGUGCUCAGCCUGGGGGUGCUGAGCCUGAGGGUGCUGCUUCUGGGGGUGCUGCUUUUGGGGGUGCUGAGCCUAAGGGUGCUGAGCCUGGGGGUGCUGCGCCUGUGGGUGCCGAACAUGUGGAGCUGGGUCUACUGGUGGUCUUCCAGGUGCCUCCCUUCAGCGCGCUACUGGAGCUGGGGGCACUGGAGCUGGAGGCACUUGCACUGGAGGCGCUGGAGCUGGAGGCGCUGGAGCUGGAGGCACUGGAGCUGGAGACGCUGGAGCUGGAGGUACUCGCGCCGGAGGCGCUCACGCUGGUAACGCAGGCGCUGGAGCUGGAGGCGCUGGCGCUGGAGGCACUGGAGCUGGAGGCGCUGGAGCUGGUGACGCUGGAGCUGGGGGCACUAGCACUGGUGACACUGGAGCUGGAGGCGCUGGCGCUGGAGGCACUGGCACUGGAGGCGCUGGAGCUGGUGUCGCUGGAGCUGGAGGCGGUGGAGCUGGAGGCACUAGAGGUGGAGGCCCUGUGCAGCAGCGACCGUUUUUCUUGCCGCCGCCACAGCUAUCUGAGCUUCCGCCCGAGUCGGUGCUCCGUCAGGUUCUUAGUCUUCCUUCGUCCACUGCCCUUCCUCCAGACGCACAGCUGCCUGCCCCCCUUCCUUACACAGAGCAGCCAGAGUCCCUGA